UGCUGACUUACUGGUAUUUCUACAUGUGAGAUUUAAACAAAGAACAGAGUACUUUUAACAAAAACAGUGAUCUUCUCUUUAUGACUGAGAAUCUAAAAAAAGAGAAGUACUGUCUUUUCUUCAGGAUAAAACUUUGUUCUUUGACAAUACAAAACAUUAAUCUGAGCACCUAGGUUCAUGAAUAUGAAACUAGGCAUUGCGGCUUUCUGCUUGUUGUGUUGCUGUUUUGAAGCCUUGCAUGGUAUUGACCGGUGUUCAUCCUGUACAGCUUCCUGCACAGAGAAUGAUACUCAGCUCUCAGAUGAAUUUCCAAGAGAAAUCUUUACCUUGAAUUGUCCUUUUCCCAGCACCGUGAAAGGUUUCCGCAUGAAACUGUUUAAGGGGCAGAGCUAUCAAGAAGUCUGUUCUGUUUAUAUAGACAAUGGAAAGAACAAUUCUAAAAGAACAAAUGAAUUCUGUGAACCAGUCCUUUCAGAUGAAAAAGUAUCUUUCACUGUCAGCAAAUUAAAAAGCAAGGAUAGUGAUACUUACAUCUGCUGCCUAGAAGUUCUUACUCCAGUCUAUCGUUGUUGCAAAGCGAAUGAAAAGCACCUCUAUGUUCAAGAUUCAGAAGCAUCUUGCUGGUUAUCGGAACUCACAUCAUGGAUACUUAUUGGACUGACGGUUUUUUUCUUUCUUGCCUGCAUCUUUUCUUCAAUAAGCUGCUGUUUUAGAAGUAAGGUUUGCCAACGUGCCAACACUGAAUACAUGGCCAUGGCAGCGGUGAAACCUAGAGAAAAAAUGCAACAUCCAGAAAUAAUACCUAAGGUGGGUUCAGUUGAGCAGUGGGGCCAAACUUGACGUUGGACUUAAUUCACUGUCAAAGGCCUGGUUUACUCUCCUUGUCCUUCUCUUCUGAACAUUGGCUUCAUCAGAAAAGAUCAGAAAACAAGUAACUACCCUGAAUGAUAGCAGAGGAGCAACCCACCACAACACCUCCAUGCCAUCAAGGUUCUUCUCCACUUGUCAAUUUUGCAUCCCUCCAUAGUUCUAGAAACUAGCACUGCCUUGCCCAGUGUUAUUUCUUGUAUGAAUCAAAGGUUCAAGGAUUAAUGGAAAGCUGGAAUAUUGUA